AUGGCUUUUAAAGGCUCCACUGCCAUGUCUAAAUGCGGCAUAGAAAACUUCGUCUACGCUUCCGGAUCGCGUCUCGACGCUCGAACGACCCACGAGAUCCAACGGUUCACCGUCACUUGCACUCCCGAGUGGGUACAGACUGCCACUGUUCUUCUCUCUGGAAUAGUCAACCAAUUGGAGAUGAAUCCGUCCGAAGUCGAACGCGAAAAAGAUAACAUGUGCUUAGAGCUCCAAGAUGGUGACAGGAACUUGAAAACGAUCGUUUUUGAGAACCUGAUCCAAUCAGCGUUUCAAGGCACGACCUUAGGUCUAAAAGUGAUCGGGCCGUCUUCGAAUAUAGAGCGGUUCGAUGGCUGCAUGGCUCAGACGUACAUGUGCUCGCACUACCAGCCCUGGAGGCUGGUGUUCGCGUGCUCCGGACCUGUCGGGAAGUCAUAUUUCCUCGCCAACGUGUGCAACUGUCUCAAUAGCAUGUCCGCGACCUGUUCCGACUCCGACCGAGGCAACAGCAGGUACACGGCCUCUUCAGUGAUUUACCGUGACGAUUCUAAAAAAUUUCUCCACGCGGCGGUGGCUUUUGAAGCACCCGGCUUUUUGAGCGAAGAUUAUAUGACUAUGAGAGUACUUAAGAAUGUUAUCGGAUCUUGGAACAAGUCGCAGUCUGUGGUCGGGCCCUGGCCGGAGCUCGCUAUGCGUUGCGCGGAUACGGAACUGUGUGAAAGUUUCGAGAGCUUCUAUAUAGCAUUCGGUGACGUCGGUCUUUUUGGGGUUUAUUUCGUGUGUGACAAGAUGGUCCCGGAGGAUUUCCUGCAUAACUGGCAAGAUGUUUUGAAAAUGACGGGCUGCGCUUUGAGAGCUGGCGACGCCGCGCGCGCGAAGCGUGCAACGAAGAUGGAGUUGUUUCGAGAGCGAGCGGGUUCGUAUAAUUCGUGCGUGUCCAUGGGUCCGGAGAUCUUGUACCGGGGCAUGCGGCCGACGCUGAAGGACUACGCGCGCGCGGCGGACAUCUUGGAGCCUCACGAGCUGCAGGAACUGGCUUACAAGUGGCUGUACAACGCGCACCCGGUGAUCUCGGCCGCCGGCCCGUCGGAAGGCCUGCCCGACUACAACAGGCUUGCUGCUAGUCAAUAUUGGUUGAGAUUGUGA